AACAUAGUGCAACCAAUUAUGGUGUACACAUGCAAAAUACAAUGCAGCAAAUAAUUAAUGAGUAUCGACUUGCAUUGGCAACUGGCGCGAACACUUCUAUUGCAACAACGAGAAAGUCGACGUCGUCGUUCCAGAGCGGCAUCCAGUGAAUCAUGUUCAAUGUGACCACAGGGAGACUGUUUUACAUAUUGGAGCUAGCCGGGACGUUCACGUGCACUUGGCCGGUCGACGUGAACAGUAGUAAAAGUAGAAUUCUCAUACGAAAUAUACGAUGGUCGUUCGCGAUGCUCAACGUGACUUUAUUACUAACAUCGCUGGUGCUGGCCGUUUAUCAUUUCCGAGAGGACACGACCACGGUCAUGAAAACCGCCUCUGAGAUGACUGCCCUUCUAGAAGUGUUCCUAGACCUGAUCUUUUGCAAACUGAAGAGCGCGCAGCUGCAGGUAUUGAUAACGAGAAUCCGAGGGUUUGUAGAAGUCGCGAACGAGGACGAGAGCAGAGUUCUGCAGGGAUACGUCGACAGAUACAAAAUGUUCUUUUCUGUGACCGCGAUGGGGUACAUAUCCACCGCGGUUUCGUUUGGCUUCGUGCCGCUGUUCUCGACGCAGGAUCUACCGGCAGACGGAUGGAUACCCUUCGCCACGGAACCGCUCGUCCUCUAUUUAGUCAUCUACGUGCACCAGGUUUACUGCAUCUGCACGGCGGCGUUAUGCAUCUUCGUCGAUUUCACGAUCGCCCUUCUGUUCAGCUUCCCCGCGGCUAGACUGGACAUCCUCGGGACGAAACUUCGCCACGUGGACAGCUACCGCAUGCUAAUUAGCUGCGUCAAAGAACAUCAGGAAAUAAUUGGAUUCGUGGAGGAUACUAAAGCCAUCGUGGAGGCAUUAUUAUUUAAAACGAAUGUCACGAUGGGAAGUGCUGUAAUAUGCGGCGCUUUCCAGCUGGUUAACAAUCAGUCGCUGGCUGUGAAGAGUCAAUUUGUUCCUAUGGUCGUAUCGGGCUGUGCACAUCUCUACGUCAUCGCUUGGCCGGCUGAUGACUUAAAAGAGAGCUGUAAAAAUUACUCGAGUGAAGAAUAUUCCUUCUUUCAAUGUAUACACUUUAUCAGUGAGACGUUUCCAGAGUGUACGAUUUUUAAACUCGAUCGCCGACGUCCGAUGGCUGGGAAAACAACGCGAAAUGGGCAGCGCACUGAUAAUCAUGAUCCAGAGGAGCCAGAAGAUGUUCCUCAUCCGAAUGAGUAGUUUACUUCCAGCCCUCACGUUGGAGUAUUACGCAAACUUCUUAACUACGGUCUCCUCCUAUUUCAUGGCGAUGCGAACUAUGAUCGAAUCGUAACGAGCAA